AUUCAAUUUCAAACCGAAAUUCAGUUUGUUUACUUACAUUUUAAUGAGUUUUUCAGUGUAAAAUUGGUGGCCUUUAUGUUGGCGUUUAUUGGUACUUAAGCAAAACUACAAGAUGUCUAGCUAUGGGCAAGAACCUUCUUGGCAACGAGAUGAUAAUAUGUAUCAAAACAACAUCGUUGUCUCGGAUCCCUUAGCAAUUAUAUACAAUGAAGGCCAGUGGCGUCUAAACAAAGUAUCACCAAUGUACAACUUGCAGUACGGUGCAUUGAAGCUCAAACUAUAUGCAUCUAAAAUUCGUCAAUCGCUUGUGAGCUCAGUUGCUGCUAACACUCUAAAAUACACUGUCACAAUUGAGGAGCAGCCACAUCUCAAAUAUUCUGAGGAAGAUGCUAAUGGUAUAGUGGUAACAGUGUCAUCAACCCAAGAAAACAAUGCUAAGACUAAAGUGGCUUAUUCCGCAAUAUUUGUAUCAUGGGGUGUGAGUUGCGCUGUAGACGGAGCCACACAUCUGCCCUACAUGCUGGAAAAAGGGGAGCAAAGAGUGGGCACUGCUGUAAAGGCAUUCAUGCAGACUAUAUUUGACUGUCAUAUACAUCAAUUUGUGUUUACACAGCGGCAACUAUUGGAAUUUGGCUUCACUUUUAUUGAAAGUGACACAUCCCGAACUUCUGACCAGUUUACAUUCAUCUACAAAACCCCUCGAGUUGACCACAAAGAUAAGCUAAAGUUAUCAUUUGACAUUGGGGAUGUCCAUAUAAUAUGGAAUGGCAUAAAAGAAGAGGCAGUCGAGAAAUCAGAACUUAUAAACCGAGCAUACCAAAUACUUCAGAAUCAAAUAUUCUACAUGAUCAUGUUGGACAUCACUGUGUUUGAUUUAUGUGAAAUUGCCUUACCAAAAGCAGAAGUCAAAAGCAGUGGCAUCGUAAAAAUGAAAACUCCAGAAAUGGUAAACUGUGUUUUUACGGUUCUGAAUGAAAUUAGCCUAAUCAAAACAAUAUCUGAUACAGACUCUAGUGUAGGUUCAACAUAGUAUUGAUUACAAUUUUUGACUUAUU